AUGAGUGGGAUUUGCCCUGGUUGCAAGCAAGAAAAGGAACUUUUUGCACUCAGAAAGUGCACACCCAAGUGUGAUAACUGCACUUGUGAACAAAUUGGCAAGCAAUAUAUGAAUAUUUUUAGAAAAUCUACAAUGGAAUUAAAGAGACAUACUCUGAAUAUCUUAGUUGCUGUAUCAGGUGGUCCGUGUUCAAUGUUUGCGUAUACUAUUCUUACAGAAAGAGUUGAUACAAAGAGGCCAGGAAAAAGCAGUGCAAUUCGUAAAAUUGAACCUAUUUCAACAAAGCAAUUAGAUUUACCUAACUUACAUCAUAUUGACAAGUUUACUGUUAAGAAUGUUGUUGAUUAUGCAGAAAAUCACGAUUUCAAUUGCGUUGUUUUUGGAGACUCAAUGGAUUUCAUUACACUUAAGAUCCUUGGAUAUAUUUCACUUGGUAGACCUGAUCUGAUUCCAUACAUUGCAGGAAAUGAUUUUACGACUUACAAAAAUGUUGCAAUUCUUAGACCUGCACGUACUUUACUAACAUCAGAGCUUAAGUUUUGGUGUGAUACACAUCAUGUUGCCACAACAAAUGAAAAAUCUUUACUUCAGAAGGAAUUUGAAGUUGAAAAGCAUAUGCUGGAUAAUAUAAUUGCUGAUGGUAACGAUACUACUGUACAUUCUGUUCAAAGUAUGGGCGAAAAAAUGCCUCAGACGAAGUAUACAGAAAAAUGCCCUAUUUGUGGUCUGCCUGCUGAAACAAGUGAAUCUCCUUGCGCAAUCUGCCUUGUAGAAGCUAAAUCUAUAUAG